GGUGCGCGUGUGCGUCUGUUGGGGAGUGUUGGACGCUGACCGUCGCGAUAAGGCGGCCCUGCCCGCUCAGCAGACUAAUAUCUAUCAGGAAACCAUUGUCACUUGCACAACCUCAUAACGUUACACGCCAUCGCUGUGCGGGGGAGCUGACAACGGACUCAGGGUUGGUGUCGUUCAGCGCUGUCUCCAAGCGAAGAAAAUACGCAUUCACAAUAUGUGGCUGCCCAUGCUGGGGAUGACGGCCCUUCCACACCUGGGAGGGCUCUACGGCGGUUACAUCACACGCAAAGAGGUGAAGACCUGGUACACGACCCUGCAGAAACCAUCGUGGCGUCCACCAAACGCAGCAUUCCCUGUAGUGUGGACCUGUCUGUAUACGGGAAUGGGAUAUGGUUCCUACCUUGUGUGGAAAGAGCUGGGAGGUUUUACUGAGGACGCACUGGUUCCACUGGGACUUUAUGGGAUGCAGCUAGCUCUGAACUGGGCCUGGACUCCGAUUUUCUUUCGCGCGCACAAGCUGAAAUUGGCACUCAUGGAAAUUGUGCUCCUGACUGGGACUGUUGGAGCCACCAUGGUGUCCUGGUAUCCCAUCAGCCGCACCGCCUCCCUGCUGAUGGCACCUUACCUGGCCUGGCUGUGCCUCGCUACUUCUCUCAACUACUGCAUAUGGAGAGACAACAGGGAGGAGAAAAAGGAGUAGGAACCAGAGAGCAAUUCCAUUGUAUGUCUAGCGAACAUGUUUGUUUAUAAUAAUCUGCAGCAUAUUAAAGAAUGGAAAAACCUGCAUCUGAUCUGCCAUUGUUUUGUAACUGAAAUUGGAAGUGCUUUCAUACAUGUAUUUGUUUUAAUAUGUAUAUCCAAUUUAUCACCAUUGAAUCCAUUCUUUGUCAGAGCAGGUAACUAGCUCAAUAGAAAAAGAUAAGUCAACAGACAUGAACUAUGCCAGUUGUUUUUGCUUUUAGUGAACUCUGCAAUGUGUGAAAUCAUCUUUAUGAAUUACAUUCAAUUCGUCAAAAAAAGCUAAAAACUAAAAUAUUUUCCUUGACUCACAACUAAGUUUCACCAAACCUCAGUAAAAUGCGUCACACAUUCUUACAGAAUAAACAGAACGAAUGAGCACAGAAACAAACCCUUCUUGGUGUAGAUAGAUUUCAUCUUAAAAUUAAAAUCUAUAAAGUCUUUUAGUCUCAUUUAAA